UAGUUAAAUAACAAAUGUUAGUGAAAAACGUGUAAUUACAUUUUUGAUAGAUGAUAGGAGAUAACCAAUUUUCAUCAGAAGGAUUUAUUGAAAAUUACUGACUUUUCAAUAGUAAAUUUUAUUUUAUUUUUAUUAUCCUGCUCGAAUCAGCAAUCGAUAACCUUUCCAAAAGAGUGGCUUAUCUUUGCGGUGUAUUAACGCAGAAAUACAUUUGACAGAAGUAAAAUGAAUAAUAAAAGUGAUAACAGUUCACUUUAGAGUUAAGUUUCUUGGACAUGAAGUCUCUCUUUCAUAUCUGAUCGACUGCUUAGUUUGUUCGUGAACUCGUAAAAUUGUUACCUUCACAGUUGUAGUAGAAUCUCUUUAAACCAAGACCAAUAAGAUGGGUACCUGGGAAAUAUUCGCCAACUUUUUUGGUUCAUAUUAUACAUGGUUCAUUGCACUUGUUGCUCAUUCCAACAUUUUUCUGACCUGUCUUUCAUACUCCUGGCCAUCACCAGUACUCCCCAAACUUUUCGAGGCCGAGGACAACCCCUUGGGGAAGCCCUUAACCCCAGAUGAGGGCGACUUCAUCGCAGCAAUAUUCUACGUUGGAGCAGCAGUUGGUCCAAUCCUAUUCUUCGGAAUAGUGGAGAAAAUUGGAAGAAGAAAAGUCCUCAUGGCAAUUUCCAUAAUUCCACCAAUAUGUUAUGGCGUAUUGAUGUUUGCUGAUACUGUGACCUUGUACAACAUCUGCAGGGUUCUUUUGGGACUCUGGACGGGGAUUAUGUUCAGCAUAGAGCCUGUGUACGUGUCCGAAGUUCUGGCAGAUGAGGAGAGGUCUUUUCUGAUGUCCAUUAUCACCAUAUUUGGAUUCUCUGGUGUCUUCGCUGCGGUUUCCGUCGGUCCAUUCGUGUCCAUCCCAAUGUUUAAUGGACUUAUCGCCCUGGUUUCGUUGGUUAUAUCGAUUUUAAUGAUAUUCGGAUUUCCUGAAAGUCCCUUCUUCUUGAUGAAGACCAAAGGUGAGGAAGCUACCCAAGAAUUGCUAAGGAAACUGAGAAAUAGGGAUAUAGUGGAUGAAACCGUGUCGAUCUCGAAGACCGUUGCCAACGAGACCAAGAGUUCCUUUUUGGAAAUAUUCAGUAACUUGAAAAACUUGAAAUUCUUCAUGUUGGCGACACUGCCUCUCCUGCUUCAGUCUUACUCAGGUAUAGCCUUGAUUUUGAACUACAGCCAGUUGAUUUUUAUGGAAACUAACGUGGCUAUAUCAUCUGAAUGGUGUUCUAUUAUCGUCAUCGGUUUCACUCUGUCCACGACUUUCUUAACACCCUUGUUCAUGGACAAAAAAGUUUCCAUUUAUACCCUGCUGAUCCUCUGUCUAACCGGCAUUGCAACCUGCGAUUUCCUCUUAGGUAUGUAUUUUUUGUUUGGUAGAGGCGAAUCCAGUUUAACUUGGGUGCCUUUAGUAGUCCUGGUUAUUUUCGUGCUUGUUUACAAUUGUGGUUUGGAUCCAAUCCCCUGGAUGCUUUUGGGGGAAUCUUACCCCCUGAACAUAAGUGCUAUGGGAACUGCACUAUCGACCAGUAUUUUCGAAAUAUCCGUUUUUCCUUCUCUAUAUUUCUUCCAUAAGUUCGAUUUGGGAUAUUUGUUCCUAUUUUCAUGUGGUUUCUCGUUGUUUGGCGUCUUCUAUAUCAAGUUCUUCGUGGUGCCAGAUGUGGAAAAGAGCAAGAAGACUAACCAAAUAGAGAUGACAGCAUAAAUUAAGUUUCUAGAUUUUAGUUUUUUGUAUUUUCGAACAGAUUUUGUACUAGUAUUAUAUAAGUAUACAGUUUUUUGUUGA